AUGGACCCAUUUGCCCGCCUGAUGGAGGGUACCCCCCUACCCGGGGUUCUGCCCACCCGGGACGCUCGGCCGCGUGGCGCCCUGGUACACGCCAGUCUGGCUGCUGCCCCACACCUCGGCGAUAAGAAGGGCAGGCACCUCACUGGCACUUUUUGUCUGACCGGCGACACCAUGGAAGGAAUCAUACAGUGUCUGGUGUUUCUGAAAGCGUUUUCGCAUAGCUCGAUAGGCACUCGUAAGUUCUCGGAAGAGUGCAGACCAGUAUACGAUCCUCUCAUACACGACUCACUACUUGCCCUACUGCAAACAGCUCUUAUUACAGAAAUGUUGAAAUUAGUUCCACGCCUUGACCCAUGA